AUGGAGUUAGAACUUAGAAGAGAACAUUUGCAAACAGUGGCAAGGAUCACAUUCUCCAAUUUCAUCAUCGUCCCUGCAAUCAGUUUGUCACUUGCAGCAGAUACUUUGGGCACGAACCGAUGCAUCAGUUAUGGAGAAACAUUGGUUUCUUCAGACCUAACCUUUAAGCUAGGAUUCUUUACUCCUGGCAACUCGAGUAUGAGCUACUUGGGUAUGUGGUACAAAGUCAGCCCUGAAACGGUUGUGUGGGUUGCUAACAGAAACAACCCGCUAGCCGAUCGUGAUGGUGUUCUCACAUUUAACAAUGUGGGCAAUCUAGUUGUUCUCAACGAGUCGAAUGCUGUUGUUUGGUCUUCAAAGUCGUCCAGGAUCCUCCGGAAUCCAGUUGCGCAUCUCCUGAAUUCGGGAAAUCUUGUUCUUUGGGAUAAUUCCGGUUCAAGUACUCAUGAAGCCUAUUCGUGGCAAAGCUUCGACUACCUGUCUGACACGCUUUUAGUCGGAAUGAAGCUGGGGUUGAACUUUAGGACUGGUUUGGAGCAUCAUCUGACUUCCUGGACAAGUACAGACGAUCCUUCCCGUGGAGAUUUUACAUACACAUACAAAAUCGACGGGUUACCUCAAAUUGAAGUUGUCAGCAAGGGUUCCGUCAAAGUAUAUCGAACUGGGCCAUGGAAUGGAGUUGCAUUCAGCGGUGCUUCCAUGGAGGCGAAUAGUGUUGUUAAUCCCGUCAUUGUUAACAAUUCAACAGAUGCCUAUUUAACGAUUAAAACUUUAAAGGAAGACAUCACUGCCAAAGUUGUGAUAAGCCGGGAUGGUAUCAUUGAGUGUCAUCUACUGAAGAGUGGAAGCACGGAGUGGGAUCUAAUUUACUCAUUCCCUCAUGAUCCUUGUGACAGCUAUGGACAGUGCGGCUCUAAUGGCGUGUGCAGAGUUAACCAAAGACCAAGAUGCCUUUGCUUGCAGGGUUUCAAGCCCAAGUCACGAGAUGAGUGGGACAUGCUUAAUUCGACAGAAGGGUGCAUAAGGAAAAUUCCAUUUGUGGCGACAGCUUUCUGA